UCCAGAUUUCAGGCCGUCCAUGGCCUCUCUCUCCCAACCGCACGCUGCCAAUUAACUAAGCGCAUCACGGACGAGGCUCCUCUAGUGCUCUACCCGUCAUCGGAUCCCAGCAGAACGCGCAGGAGAAGGCGACGCUGCUCCUGCAGCUCCUCCUAGUAUGGGGGCGCGGCGCGGCGCCCCAAUCACCCAAGGCGGGUGCGGGGGCGGGUGCGCGGCGUGAGUGGCGCGACCCCGCCCACUGUCUCGCCAGCCAGCUGCCAGCCCGCGCAGCGCCAGCCGCGCACAAGCUAGUAUAGCUAGUACUACUAGUCGUGAUUGGUGAAAUUCUCGUCGUGCGAGCGUGCGUGUCGGCGGGGUUGAUGGGCUCCUCGGCCGGCAACACCCCGACGGCGCGGCCCCCGCGGCAGGCGCGCUGCGGCGGCGGCGCGGGCGAGGCGUCGCCGUCGACGCCCGUCUUCCUCAACGUCUACGACGUCACCCCCGCCAACGGCUACGCGCGCUGGCUCGGCCUCGGCGUCUACCACUCCGGCGUCCAAGUCCAUGGGGUGGAGUACGCGUACGGCGCGCACGACGGCGCCAGCAGCGGGAUCUUCGAGGUGGUGCCGCGGCAGUGCCCCGGGUACGCGUUCCGGGAGUCGGUGCUGGUGGGCGCGACGGAGCUCACCCGCGCGGAGGUGCGCGCGCUCAUGGCGGAGCUCGCCGCCGACUUCCCGGGGGACGCCUACAACCUGGUGUCCCGCAACUGCAACCACUUCUGCGACGCCGCGUGCCGCCGCCUCGUCGCCCGCGCCCGCAUCCCGCGCUGGGUCAACCGCCUCGCCAAGAUCGGGGUCGCCUUCACCUGCGUCAUCCCGGGCAACGGCCGCGCCGUGCGCCGCAAGGGCGACCGCCCCUCCGCCGCCGCCAUCCGCAGCCGCUCCGCGCGGCAGGAGCCCGCCCCCGCGCCGCCGCGGCCGAGGGCGUUCUUCCGGUCCCUCUCCGUCGGCGGGCGCAGGAACCUGGCCGCGCCCCUGCCGCUGCCCGCCUCCCCGCCGGCCUCGCCCCCGCCGCCGCCGCCCGCCUCGACAUCAACGUCGUCGGAGUCCACCACGUAGCCGGCCGGCCCCAUUCCUCCGGUUUUUUUCCUUUUAUUACAAUUUUACCCGAUUUGUUUACUAGUAGUAUAUACUAGACUAAACAACUCUGUGCAUAUUUACCCCUCCCUGGUUUCGAUUUCAACCUCUGAUAGUGCGUGCCAAUAGUAAAGCGGAAAUUACCGCGGUCAAUUAGCC